AUGUUUCACUUUAUCCCCGCUAAAGUAUCUCCGUUUGAGUGGAACGGCUGGAAACCGACCCUUCUGGGUUCACCGGUGGAGCUGCAGAUGGGCUCAGACACUUUCUCCGUCGUGAAUGUGACUGUAACGACAGCAAAUGCGAUCAAAACGAAGAAGUAUGACGUUCACACGAUCUCGAACCUUCUUUUCCCGCCGCAGUUUGUGGUCAGCGACGGAGGCGACGAAUUAGGUUCGGCAAACGCCGAGCCUGCGGUAAGGAGGAGCACGCCGAUUCUUUCGCGGCACGGCGUUCGGCGGGACUCGUUCCGAGAUCCUGUGUUCGACGAUGAUUCGCAGGAGGCUGUGUUCACCGACCCGCACGAGGUUCGCGACAGCAUUGACGGCCGUAGGCUCGCUCGGAGGCAGUUUUACGCGAGGCCACGCCAUGCCGCCGGUUCUGAUGGCGGGAACGACCAGGCGGAGGGCAGAAGCUCAGGGAAUUACGAGGAUGGGAGUGAGAGCGGUUACGAAGUGUGGCAGAAUCAGGAGAGCGCGGUCGAUAUGGAUGACGAGGGAAUGGCGGACGUGCGGCGCGCGCUGACGGAGGACGCCGCGGACGUGGCUCCGCGUUGGGGGCAGGGGAGCGGGGGAGGCGGUGGAGCGGGGGAGGCAGGCGGGGAUGCAGCGCGGCGAUCGGCGCUGCUGGAGCAGAUGCUGUCCGCCAAUCUGCGCCUCUCCGCCUUCGCACAGGGCUCUGACCCAGCUCCUGAACCCACCUUUAUACCGUACAGUCCAUCCCCCAGCCCCCCCCCUCAGACUUCUUCCCCCGCUCCUGCUGCGCCCAACACAACAUCCACGACAUCGUCAUCCCCCACUAUCUCAACGGGAGUGAUCAUAGGCAUCGCUGCGGGCGGCAUUGCUCUCCUCUGCUCCACUGUUGCUGUCGUGCUCACCGCGUUCCUCUGCCUUAACAAAAGACGACAAAAAGCUGCAGACGUCUCUCCAGGCAGCAAGAUCAACAACACCAACUAUGACCCUGAGUCUGCAGCAGCCGCUAUAGCAGCAGGAGCCAUGGCAGGCGCAGGCGCAGGAGCAGCAGUGGCAGGAAACCACAUCCACUCGAUAAUCGUGGGCGGCACGUCGGAUACGCCCCUGCUGUGCCACCAGUACCCCCUCUUCCUCAUCAAGCAGAUCCACGAGAUGGCAUCGAAGCACCACCCGAACCUGGUGCGGCUGCUGGGGUUCUGUCUGGACAUGGAUGUGGUGAACGAGCGCACCGAGCAGAUCCUCAUCUACGAGUACAUGCUCAACGGCGACCUCGAGACCUGGGUGGGGCCAGAGGCACCCAAGACCCUGACACUGUCGCAGCGUUUUAACAUUCUGAUCGGAGCAGCGCACGGGCUGGAGUAUCUGCACAGCUUUGGCAUCGUGCACCGCGACAUCAAGCUCGCCAACAUCCUGCUGGACCGCCACAUGCACGCCAAGGUCGCCGACUUUGGCCUCGUGCGCAUGGGCGAGGGCACCUCCGUCGGCACCACCCGCAUCCUCGGCACUCCCGGCUACGUCGACCCUGCAUACACUCGCACGCGCAGGGCCACAACGGCAACCGAUGUGUACAGUUACGGGAUUGUGAUCCUGGAGGUCAUGACCGGGCAGAGGGCGAUGAUGGGCGCAGGUGAACGACAAAUCAACAUCAAGGACUGGGCUGAUCAUCAUGUGCUUGCUCGCGAUGCCAAUAGCCUCAAAGACCCUCGCCUCGACAUCCCCAUACCUGACGACCUCAUGCUGCGCAUUGCUCGAUUCGCCCUCACCUGCACUUCUCUUCCCACUGCAAAUCGACCGACCAUGAGCCAGAUCUACACCGAGCUUAAGAAUAUGAAGCAGGAAUGCUUUGGAGUCGAGGAAAAUGUAGCUGCUAAUCUAGUGGAUGCGGAAAUUUCAAGCGUUGUAAAGGAAGCCGCUAUUCCGCUUGAUGAGCAGAUAGCUCAGAUUGAGCUUGCAUCAGAUGCAUCUAGCAUGGGAGCUUGGAAAUCCAACCCAUCUGGGUCUGGAGUGUCUAUGUAA